AGCCGGCUGUUCUUUGAAACAAGAAGAUGAGAGUAACCUCCCUUUGUAUUUCCAGCGGGAAAGAGAAGCAUUUCAAAGCGCACUUUAUUUCAAGGCAAUUUUGUCAUUAUGCAUUUAGAUCUGCUUGUAUUAGUAUGAGGGCCUUGUAAUUUUACCUUGGGUGUUAAAGGAAAAGGUUGGGAAUAAACCUAAGAUCAUUCAUGGGUUCAAUAAGAAUGAAAGUCUUAUGAAGACAAUGUGCGACGCGGACAGUUGCUCGAUGACCCCACCUCACUCCCCCCUCCCACUGCAGUUUGAGGACUUCAUGGAACCAUCCCCCCCAAAACUUCUCAGAGGGCCAAUCAAUGGUCAGGACGGCAACCAUGCCAUUGCUUUAGAUGAUGAAGUUCCUGAGUCUUGGACUGUGCCCUGUUUCACAUGUGGUGGAGAUGUGCAUGGGAUUUGUAAGACUUUUUAUCUCCAUGACAACAGCAUCAUCAAAAAGGGAGCCCUUAAGCGCAUGAUUCACCCCAGCCCAGAGCUGUCACCGGCAUCAAGGGCAGUUGUGAUGGAGCUGUUUGGCUUCCAGUUUGUCAACCAGCUUGCUCUUAUUGAACACACAGAGAAGCUGUUUCUACUAGCAAAGUCGUGUGUGAGCAGUAUACAGUCUGGUGUUUUAGGACCAUCAGAAGAAGGUCCAGGAGAGCUCCGAAAACAGCUGCAGGAAUUCCUGGAAUAUAUCAAACAGUUCCUGCUACACUUCCUGCCAACAGACGUGACAAGGAGGGAGGUGUUCGUGACAAGUCUCGUGUCGGAGCUCCAUGGCCUGUUGCUGUACUCGGGCCGUCUGUCCGACGUCCUCCAGUUUGUGCCUCACUCGGCGCCCGUCUUCUUUGGGAACAAGACUGAUGGCAGCCAUCACCAGUUUCACCUUCAGCUGGACCUGUACUGGAGUCUGCUGGACAUCUUCAACAUCAUCUACGCUCAGUGUGCAGGUGUGAGUGUGAGACGGCCCCUGUGUGCCGCGAUUGAGGACGCCAUGACAGAUGUUGGCUAUCUGGACCAGCUGAUGCAGCUGGUGGUCUGGGAUCUGCUCUCUGCAGCUGUGGUCAAGUUUAAUAAGAUGACAGUGAGCAGUGACUACCUGCGAGUGUCCCCCUUCACAUGUACCUGUGUGCUGGAGAUGUGGGUGGGGCUCAUCCACCUCGCCUCCCACCGACACAAGGCCCUAGGGGAGGAGUCCUUCUGGGUGCGCUUCUACGGCAUCAUACAGGAAGUGUGUGAUGUGAAGGAACAGGCAGAGGGUGGACCACAAGUUUACGACAGUGACGUGUUCGUCAACCCUUCCGGCACCAAGCCCAAGAACCCUGUUGGGUUCAGCCUCUGGGUCAUCACACACGUCGCCCAUGUCUUCACAGUGGAUGAAGCUGGCCAUCCCAGGACUCUGGAGCCACCGCACAGCAACUAUUUCAUCAUGAAGAACAUCUUACAGAAGAACCUGUCUUCAUCGACUGUGACGGAGCCGGAGAUGCGGAGCUACCUCCUGUGCUGCCUGACUGUGGCCAGGCUGUGGGGACCGGAGACUUCACUCAUAGCGCUCCUGUGGGACCACUUUUAUCGUAAACUGAACAACUCAUUCCAAGUGUCGUCCACAAGCCUCGACGGACUGGCCCAGAUCAGCAAAACCUCCAAGACAUUGCUGACUCAGUGUAAGAAAUGGUGCGCCGAGGAAGAGAGCUUGGAGAAAGAGAACAGCUUCCACCUGUUUCUGUGUCUGAUGGCGACACAGAUUUCGCGGCUCAUGAAGUCAGGAGCUGUGCAGGAAUGGCGACAGAUGAAGGGGAGAUUCUGCUCCAAGUUCCACCAGCGUCGGAUGCAGGAGCUGUCGGAGACGGGUCUGUACAACUUCACCUGUCUCUUCCUCACUCUAGCCAGCAUCACAGAGCUGGAGGACAUGGGCAAGAAGCUGUGUGACUUCUACAGUAUGUUAGACCCCAGUAACACGUCUUCGAACCGCCGCACCAUCACGUGGAUGGGUGGGCUGGCACUGUGCCAGAUCUGCGGGGAGAGAAACACAGACAUGGCAUUUGUAGCAGACAAACUGGCGCCGUCCUUCAACUCAGUCUGCAGGGAAUUCUCGGACUCAGGGCUUGACCCACAGUGCCGCCACGCCCUGUGGAGGAUGGUGAGUUUGUACCUAGAGGGCUUGCAGGACGUCUUUGAGGCCAGCUCCUCGCUUACAGCUUCAGAGUACAGGUUACUGGGAGAGGAUCUGAGUCUGGUGUUCCGGGUCUGCCGAGAUGGGGAGCUCCGCUUUGUCCUUAACUCUCUACACAUGAUAGUCAGCAAGUUCAGGAGUGUCCUGCAGCCAGACACCAGCUCCGAUGCAGCAGUGCAGCCUCGACUGAGGGAGGAUCAACACCAAGCCAUAUCCUCCUAUCUGUGGCUGUACAUCUACCCCGCCGUCAAGGACCACUCCACCACGCUGACCCCGCCCCUCAGUCUGGCCGACCUCGCCGCCAACCUCGCCCUCAUGGCCAGAGACCAACCUCCGUCCAUGAGACCGACGCGAGAAGACUUCCAGUCAGUUUUUCAACACUUCAGCUCUAAAGAGUCUGUUCAAGUCAGCAUCAGCUGCCACUUCCUGUGCCAGGUCCUGUGUGAGGAUGGAAUUAUGGACUACAUGAUUUCAACCAAUCAGAAUGCUCAGACCCAGUUGCUGCAGGCUUGGUUCAGAUGUGUCCUAUUACUACCAGCAUCAUCAGCCCAACUAAACACAUUGACGAGUAUUGCCCUUGGCAUCCCGGACAUCAAGAAGGUGUUUGAGUUGGCACGAGCAGCGAUCCCCACCGACAUGGAGGAGGCCCCCAAGAUGUUCCUGAAGGCUCUCGGAAAACUCUACUCCAACACACAGGACCUGCGGGAGAAGAUGCUGCUGCGGGAGAAGGUGAUGGGGUACUUCUCCAAUGUCCCCCAGCACAUCUCCCCAAUCCUGCGCAACAUGGGGCCCGUCGACACCCUCACCUCACUCUACUCCAGCGUCGGCCACCUCAUCAAGUACUGCUCUCCCCUGCUGUUUGCACAGUCCAAGACGGACUGUCCGCUGCCUGCUAUCAUCAACGCCAUGAUUGUGCCCCACUUUCUGUUCAAGACCGACAAGCCAGUGAACCCAGUGUUUCUCAGCGCAGUCAGGGCAAACCUCCACCUGUUUGUCCAAGGCCUUGGUAAGCUGGACUACAAGAGGGCUCCCUAUGUUCAAAGACGUCUUGGUGAUAUUGUCAGUCUGUACUUCACACGAUUUCCCCUGAAAUCUACUGGGUCCAGUGCGACGGCUGUGCAUCCCUUGGUUAGUUCAUUGUAUGGGUCGUGCGUCCAGUCUCCGAGCCCUGAGUCGGUGGAUCUCCGCCAUCUUGUCCUUGAGAUGGUUCACAACAACUACCUCCAGUUGAAGAACCAGACCCUGCCGCCGUCUGCCAGCGCUGGUUUGGCCUACGUCACCGAGGUGCUUCAACGAACUAAAGGAGGGGAGGUAAUCGCAAAAGACAGCAGGCUCCUGAUUCGCACGUCCAUGGAGUAUAUGCUGUUGGCGCCGUCACCUGCCCUGAAGCAACACUCCACUCACAUCACCAAGCACCUGCUGGAGGCCUGUGCCCAGAACCCCACCGUUGUACCUGUCACUGAUCUGCUGCCGGUGGUGCAGGGGUAUGUGGGGAAGUACCUGAGGCUUCAGACAGAGGGGGUGUUCCAGGUGCUUGGGAAGAUCCCAGAUGUGCACCCCGGGCUGCUGGUGCAGCUGAUCCCAGACCUCACCGGUGCCGUCCGAGACCUAGAGAAGAAGCGAGGAGUCGGAGUCGACACAUCUCUCAGGAAGCUGUACAUAGAUGUUCUGUCCCAGCUGGGAGAAGCUGGUGACAUGGAGAAGCAGAGGCUACAGCUGGACCACGUCUAGAACAGCUGGACCACAUCUAGAACAGCUGCGCUACAUCUAGACCAGGUGCACAAUACAAUAGCUGGAACAUGUAUAGACCACAUGGAACGGUACCACAGCACACAUAGCUCAACAACAGACACUUCAGUCUUUCCUCCAACAUCAAGCUGACAGGCUGUGAUAUAACUGGAAUAAAAUUCAAAGUGAAACAGACUAACAGAACCCAGAACAGCAGGACCACAUCUAGAAAAGCUGGACCACACCUUCAACAGCUGGACCACACCCCUUCAAAAGCUUGACCACACCUUCAACAGCUGGACCACCCCUAACAGCUGGACCACACACCUACAACAGCUGGACCACACCUACAAUGGCUGGGCCACACCUACAACAGCUGGACCACACCAUCAACAGCUGGACCACACACCUUCAACAGCUGGACCACACCUUCAACAUGUGGACCACACACCUUCAACAGCUGGACCACACCUUCAACAUGUGGACCACACCAUCAACAGCAGAACCACACACCUUCAACAGCUGGGCCACACCAUCAACAGCAGGACCGCACAUGGAACAGAUGUGCCACAUCUCUGACAGCUGGGCCACACCAUCAACAGCAGGACCGCACAUGGAACAGAUGUGCCACAUCUCUGACAGCUGGGCCACACCAUCAACAGCUGGGCCACACAUGGAACAGAUGUGCCACAUCUCUGACAGCUGGGCCACACCAUCAACAGCAGGACCGCACAUGGAACAGAUGUGCCACAUCUCUUACAGCUGGGCCACACCAUCAACAGCAGGACUGCACAUGGAACAGAUGUGCCACAUCUCUGACAGCUUGUCUUGAUGACAGAGUGAAUAUAAAGCUGCACAAUAAGUUCAUUAUCAGAACUCCCGGCCCAGGCCCAGGUGCUAGGGUUUCUUGAAGUGAGAUUUGCUUUAGACAGGACACAUGUUAGCCAUGAUUGUAUGUGUUGAAGGUGGGUUUGUUGGUACCAAGAAGGCUGAUUGAUGAUGGAUACCCAUGCUGAUGACGUUUAACCAGUGACCUUGCAUGGAAUGAUAGAGCAUCCAAUCCAGUCACUGCUCAUGAACAAUACUAUAGCCUGGACAUGUGUUGCAAUAAAGAAGGACGAUCCCGCCAAUAAAAUAAUAUUCAUUCAUCAACUUUGCUGAGACUAAGAGGUAAUAAAUUAAGCAAUUAACCUAACCCUGAGGACAAACCAUUUGGUUUUCAAUGGAAGGGUUUUCAUCUGAGAUCAGCAUUUAAUUUUUUUAAAUUUUAAUACUCAAUUAUGUUUCCAACAUAAAAGGUGGUCAGUUAUUUUGUUGUUGUAAAUAGAUAUAAAUAAACCAUAUUCUUUAGACACUUUAA